AUGAGAUCACAUUAUCAACGAGAAACAGUAGGUGUAGCAGAUAAUGAUGCACAAACUAUAGGAUUUCUUAAGAACCACUUAUCAGGUGAUCUUUAUACAUGGAUGCGAGCUGUCGCUCCUGCUGCUGAGAUUGAAAAGUUAAAUUUCCAAUUAGCUUCUCUACAGGCCCAACUAGCACAACCGGCUCAAGUACACCUCCAGAAUAAUGAAACCUCCGCUAUUUUUGAAAAGUUAAAUUCCAAAAUAGCUUCUUUGGAAGCACAGUUAGCGAAAUCAAUGCAGAUGCAUUCUAAACUUGCCCAAUGCUUACAACUACCUGAAAAUGUAAUUAAUUCGAAUAAUGCUUCAAUCCUUGAUAGUCAUAUUAACCAAGAAUUGGAAAAAAGAUUAGGAGUAAUCGAAAUUAAUUUAGCCAAACUCACCAAACUCAUAAGAGAAGAUACCAAAUCAGCUCAGUAUCGAAAUAAUACCAGAGGUGCCAAAACAUCUCAGCGUCAACGCUCGGAGUCCUUACCUUUUGGAGGAUUAGAAAAAAGAUUAGGAAAAAUCAAAGCCUUAUUGGAUAAACUCACUAAAGAUUCCAAAUCCAGAAGUAGUCGAGUUCAUAUGGCUACAGUAGAUGAACAGUCUGAUCCCAUUUUUUCUGAUGAUGAUACAUCAAAACCUGAGGACAAUGAUUAUAACUCUGAUAAUUCGUCAGCCAAACCCGCUGGGCAACGUGGAUAUCCCGAUAAAUCCUCAAAGUCUAAGGUCUCUAGUAAAUCCGAGCUUUGUAAGGUAAAGCAAGACAAUAAUUUGUCUUCCACCCAUAAUGCCUCAUCAGAUAAAGAUAGUCAUGGUAAGCAUGUGUCUUUAGAAGAAACUAUUCGAAAAAUCAUUCAGAUCGAAUUUGAGAAUUAUCUUCCGUACAUAAUUCAGCAGGCUAAAAAGUGUGUACCUGCCUCAGCUCAAGAUUCAGAUGAAGAGGAUAUUUUGGAUGGACCCAUGGAGAUAAAUUUUAUUCGGAAAAAAGAACCCACCACAGAUGUUGUCACCGUUAAAUGUAAAAUUAAGCGUCUAGUGAUUCCGGCAGGCACAGUUGAUCCUGGUGCUAAUUUUCCGAUCAUGUCUGAAGAUAUAUCUGAACGAUCAAAGCUGGAAAUCGAUACAAAAGAAAAACAUGACCUUAGAGGCAUCGCUACCAUUCCUAUAGAAUCUCUUGGUACUGUCCGAAAUGUCCCAGUAAAUUUUGCUCCCGGAUGUACUAUAUAUGCUGAUUUUGCUGUAGUUAAGUAUCCUAAGCUGAUGCUAAUUUUACCCAACACACUUCUUGAUAAAUAUAAUUAUGAUUUACUUGCAUCAAAGCGGGAAUUGAGACUAGAGUGUAAUGGUAAGGAAUUUUUUAUCCCAAUUAAUAUGCAUAAGGUCAAGAACAAGCUUGAGGUGAAUUGCGCGAACAUUACUCCUGAAUGUGACGAUUCCAUGAUCCCAGACUGCAUUUCGCAGGACUUAAGUGAGGAUGGCGUAUUAAAAAAAAAGUGA